UUGCCGUUCGCGUGAGUUUUAGGGCUUCCCUCUUCGGCUUUACUGGUUCGCGUGGGGAGCUUCGAACGAGUCGCUUGCCAUUGCCUUUCUCUGUCUAGGGUUUGCUUUUCCUCUUCUACAUUUCUUCGUUGCUCAUCUGCUUCGCGUGAGGUAGAGUUCUGAAAUAGUCGAAGCUUCUCAGCCUCCUCCUCCGACGUUGUUCCUGUCGGAUUGGAAGUCGCGGCGGGAGCUUGCCGCGAAGGAAUCAACAUGAAAGUUAAAAUAUUGAAAUGGCAUGCGGUGGCUUCAUGGACAUGGGAUGCGCAGGAUGAAACCUGUGGAAUAUGCAGAAUGGCAUUUGAUGGCUGUUGUCCUGACUGUAAGUUUCCCGGCGACGAUUGUCCGUUGAUCUGGGGAGCCUGCAACCAUGCCUUCCACCUUCACUGCAUUCUGAAAUGGGUGAACUCGCAAACCACACAGCCUCAUUGUCCAAUGUGCCGCAGAGAGUGGCAAUUCAAAGCUUAGGUAAUGCUUUUGAUGAUCUUUUACUUGUAUUUUUUAUCUUGAAUGAGCUGCUAAGCUGCUUCCUUUCUGGAGUAGGAGGCAUUAAGAGCUUUUAUUGCUUGAAUGGUUAAAAUUUGCAUUCUGGAAUUUUGUUAUAUGUUUCAUAGCUUUGAAUUCUUGUUUGAAAGACCUUAGUUAUUUUCCUUGAAGGUUUGUCAAUAGUAGCAGCUUGAAAUUCUUAUUGUGGGCCCCACUACAGGUGGGGCCUGCAUUUAUGAGCAGUGUUGAUAUAGUG